AUUGAUCAUGUGAUCCGAAUCAACCAAUCACCAAUAAGCAAACGAUGACCGUCGCCAUCUUGCCUAGAAACGUCGCAGUGUCGUUUGAAAGAGAAAAGUGUGGGUCUUUCCUGUGCGGUUUAUCUGUGAUUUUCUGGACAUUCUGACAGCCUGGAUUCCUUCGACUCUUUCGGCCUCGGGCUGGAGGGAGAGCAGCAGAACUUCGGCACGUCGCCGUCUCACGAGUCGGACCGUAGCAUGGCAAGUCCCGCCAGUAGCACCGAGGACUACGCCAGUGACGCCGCUGACCAGCUCUUUGCCGAGCUACAGUCAUCAGACUUUAACUUCGACAACUUGCAUCUCACCAAGACGGAGCAGGACGAGGAAGAAACGAUCCGCGGUCUCUUCGAAGGUGAGAAAACGAGAGUCGAAAACGACUUCAAUCUCAACAACACAAGUCAAGACGACGAGGUUCACAGUCCCUUGGGAGGUGAGGAAAAGAGGGUAGAAAACGUGGGCAUGUCUCAGAGCGGGGCACUGAAGAAAGUCGCGGGAAAGCCCAUGAUUCUCAAAGUGCAGUUGCCAGUGCUACCACCAGAGACCAUCAGGCAGCUCACAAAACGGGCAACACCAGCGCCAACACCACAGGCUCCACCCAAGGCACAACAGGAAUCAGAGGAAGUGCGAAAGAGAAACGCAGAGGCAGCUCGUCAAAACAGACUGAGGAAGAAGCACUACCUGCAAGACCUCGAAGGGAAAGUCGACAAGCUUGAGAAGGAGAACACAUCCCUGAAGAAGGAGAACUCUAAGAUGCAGACAGUCAUCUCAUCCAUGGAGGAGGAGCUAGAGUACCUGAAAAGCGUGUUGGCCAAUCAGAGCACGCUUUCCAACCUGUUGAAGAACAUUGAUACCAUGGAAGGCGUGUCGCUGACCACCUCGUUUCCCUCCAACCGCAAGAGGAAAGCGGGAGAGAAAGACCACGACUAUUCUAAGGGGAAGAAGAAGCGCCACACGGAGAACAGCGGCGGGGUUUGCCUCCACGUGAACAAGGACCAAGUUUCCCUGGAGUUCUGCAGCAAGUGCGCGCACAUGGCCGUCGGGGGAGAGCGACAGUGACUGAACCCUGGGUUGUCAUGGUAACAGUGUGGUACAAACAGUUAAAAACGGUAACUGUGUCGUUCCCAAAGGAAUCUGCUGGAUAGCUGUGGAAUUGAGUGUCAUCCUGGUCGCAGAAACAAUUUUGAAGGCCGCAUGUGAAAAUAACAGUUUGAAACACAUGGCAAUUAACUGAACCUGAAGGCCUGGAGACUUGAUACUGUAAACUGUCUAAGGUAGUGACUUAUAUUGGUAGCCAAUCCAAAGUUAGCAUCAUGGAUAGGCUGAAAUAGCUGUUGAUCAAGAAAUCAGCUGGAAGACUAUGUAUAAGACAGAGGGACCAUCUCAAAAUGCAUGGUUAGACACAAUUUGUUAGAUUGAGUACUUAAAGGUGCAUUUCUGUUUUGUCUGGUUUUACGCUUUAUGCUCUAUUCCCUUGUAGCAAUGGUGUUCCAGAUGCGAGCAGUUGUUCCAGUAUCCAGACUACAGCCACAGGCGCUACUUUGUCAAUUUCAGCCCACAAGAUAACUUGGCGCACACACACAUUCUACUUGGAGAGACAUGUGGAGGAGUAAUGGACUUACAGAUCCCAAAUGGUUAAAAUUAAGCGUAGGUAUCGGUAUCAAAGGUAUCCAUGUGAACUUCAACCUCCUUGUUCUUGUGGAUUGUAGAGGUUUCUCUUGUAUAUUUCUUACCCAGUAGUUGUUUUUCAACUUAACAAAUGAUAUUUUGUGAGCCAAGCCCUUGUAUUCAAGGGUUUGACAUUGAAAAUACGAAUAUACUAAUAUUUUGUGAUUCCAAAAAGAAAGAAAAAAAAUAUAGUUGUAAGAGUUUUGUUUGUAACACCUUGGUUGUUUCAUCAUUAAAAGAGGAAUUAUAUGAGAAAGAAGAGAUCAGAG